UUAUCCAACAGUAUCAUCAGUUUGUUUCCUUCUCGCUCUAGACGUUCUUCUAUGAGAGAAACGACGAGCUUUCUUUUGUCGUCGUCUGACGCGUCUGACGCGUCUGACAUGAAAUUUCAUUCAAACGAGAGAGAACAAACCGCUGUUCUGCCAUGGUGAAGCUUACUGCGCAUGCGGGUGACAGAGUAAGAUCACGACGUCUCUCUGAGACACAAAUUAGUGAGCUAGCAAAGGCAGGCAUUCGUCGUGACUUCUACACUGUCGAGAUCCUCAACGGUUGGUAUCGAAGUUUCCUCAAAGCAUGUGCAACAAAAGAUCAAGGCCAACUAAGCAGAGACCGCUUUUGCAAACUGAUACGAGCAUAUGUUCAUGGGCAGGGCAAGAAAACUAUCUCACAGUUAGACACACUUUCAAACCAACUGUUCGAUGCAUUCGAAUUCCCAGACCAAAUCGAUGCUCACGUGGUGGAAAAGGAGGAGAACGGGAAAAGCACAAAAUGCUUGGUGCAAGAGAGAUUUGACGGCGAUGAACCAGAUGGAUGGAAACCGAGAAUUCUUUGUCCUCAAGAUUCCGGCGAUGGGCAAAUUAUGUUUAUUGACUUCACUCGUUUCAUGGUAGUUAUGACUCAGAUUAUGGAUCUCAUACCCGCCGGACGAAACAAGUUGUCUUCGUGUCGUGACAUGAGGAUUGAAUGGAUGUUCAAGAUGAUUGUUGGUCGGAAUACUUGGAAGAUGAAAGAAGAAAGCUGGGUUGAUAUCCAUGAGUGGAUAAGGACACUGAAUAAUGAAGAAUUUGGUGAACGACAGAGGCGAGUUGUUAGACAGGAUUUUGGGCACAUGCUUCGUAUCGGCUAUGCGACAGCGACUUUUUUAGAUUUUCAAAAACAUUUGGACAGAAGACCACAUAACACUUGAUUUGCUACAGAUACUGUUGUAUGUGAUAAACAGCAUUUUUUCAAAUAUAUUAUUCAAUUUG